GGGGAUCCCCGAAGCCGAAUAAAGGCGGAGGAGGGAGGAGAGGAAGGGAGGAGGAGACCAGCCGGAGGAAGGAGGCGGUGCCCUCCUCCUGCUCUCAUCCCCAGCCCAGUCUCUGCUCUUCUCUGAAACUUUCCCGUGCGUCUGCUAGGGCUGCCGCUCCAGCCGCCGGGCGGGCCCCAAGGCGGCCGCCGCGGAACCAUGAACAGGCUGGCCAAGCGCGGGAGCGAGACUCUCAUUGAGAUGGUGGCCACAGAUGAUGAUAUUGCUGUUCUCACCAAGUUCAAGUUCACAAAUCCAGAAGGAGAAGAAUCCAAUGGACCUCUGUAUGAAAUGAACUCCAGUGCAGCAUCUGAACUCCCAGGAAGCUCAGAGGGUCUAAGCAGCACUGAGACUACCUUGCUCAUCUCUGAUCAUCAAGGGACAGCAAAGAGAUUUAACCUGUUCCUGCGGCGGCGCCUUAUGUUUGACAAACGCCAGCAAAGCAAGGAUUCUGUUUUCUUUUGCGAUGGAAUACGACGGAUUGAUUUUGUACUUUCCUAUGUUGAUGAUCCAAAGCAAGAAGGUGAAAAAAAAGUGGAAAGAAGAAAGGAAUUUGAAAAUAACCUCUUAAAGUCUGGCCUGGAAUUAGAAACAGAAGACAAAAAGGACUCUGAGGAUGGCCGAACUUACUUUGUCAAGAUCCAUGCCCCUUGGGAGGUGCUGACCACGUAUGCCGAGGUGCUGAACAUCAAGAUGCCCAUUCGGGAGAAUGACAUCCCCCCUGCCAUGGAGAAUCCUUUUGAGUGUAUGUUUGAACCUUUCCGGCUCCCAAAGAAAGUGAUGAACCCUGAGCCGGAUUACUUCACAGCUCCAUUCAGCAAACAAAAGCAGGAGCUCUUCUUCAUUGAAGAUGAGAACACCUUUUUCUCGCCAUCAGUGAGAAACAGAAUUGUUUACUAUAUUCUCUCACGGUGCCCUUAUGGUACAGAAGAAGGAAAGAAAAAAUUUGGCAUUAAGAGACUGCUAACAAAUGGUACCUAUACAGCGGCUUAUCCACUUCAUGAUUGCCAGUAUUGGAAGAAAGCGAAGGAUCAAAACUCUGGCAAUGAGCGGUAUACUCUCUAUACUGAAUGGGCUCGCUUCUUGAGGUUUUAUAAGGAGCAGCCUUUAGAUCUCAUCAGGAGAUAUUAUGGAGAGAGAAUUGGCAUCUAUUUUGCCUGGCUGGGAUUCUAUACCGAGAUGUUGUUCUUUGCCGCCGUCGUUGGUGCAAUCUGUUUUUUCUAUGGUUUGGUAACGAUGACUGGCAACAUGAGCAGCAUAGAAAUCUGCAAUGAAUCCAUUGGAGGAGCCAUCAUCAUGUGUCCUCUCUGUGAUGUGAAAUGUGAAUAUUGGAAAUUGAAUACCACCUGCGAAUCCUCACAGUAUUCGCACUUGUUUGAUAACGUGGCCACCCUCUUUUUUGCAAUAUUCAUGGGAAUUUGGGUUACGUUAUUCCUGGAGUUUUGGAAACGACGCCAAGCCCGACUGGAGUACGAGUGGGAUUUGGUGGACUUCGAGGAAGAGCAGCAGCAGCUCCAACUGAGACCUGAAUAUGAAGCCAAGUGUACUCUGAAGAAAAAGAACCCUGUGACUCAGGAAAUAGAACUUGAAAGAAAGUGGACUUUAGAUUUCUAUGGGAAACUAUUCCUCUGCUGGAUGGCAAUCCUCUUUUGGAUUUCUCUGAUCAUAGCCAGUAUGAUAGCAGUGAUUGUAUACCGUCUGUCGGUCUACGCGGCGUUUGCAAGCAUCAUGGAGAACACAGAAACCCUCCAGCCCAUCAGCAGUCUUCUGACUCCCCAGUUGGCCACCUCAGUCACUGCAUCCUGCUUGAACUUUGUCAUCAUCAUGAUCCUGAAUUUCUUGUAUGAGAGGAUAGCCGUGUGGAUCACAGAUAUGGAAAUUCCUCGAACCCACUUGGAAUAUGAGAACAGGCUUACCAUGAAAAUGUUCUUGUUUCAAUUCGUCAACUAUUACUCGUCAUGUUUUUAUGUGGCGUUCUUUAAAGGGAAAUUUGUGGGUUACCCAGGAGCCUACACAUACAUGUUCAGCAAAUGGAGGAAUGAAGAGUGUGAUCCAGCAGGCUGCCUUAUAGAACUGACAACACAGCUCACGAUCAUCAUGGCUGGAAAGCAGAUUUGGGGCAACAUCCAGGAAGCCAUUCUGCCUUGGGUUUGGAACUGGUGGCGACGCCGGAGAGCAAGGACUAACUCUGAGAAACUGUACAGCCGAUGGGAGCAGGAUCAUGCUCUUCAGAGUUUUGGGCCCCUGGGGCUGUUCUAUGAGUACUUAGAAAUGGUCAUCCAGUUUGGCUUCAUUACCCUCUUUGUGGCCUCCUUUCCCUUGGCUCCUCUUCUUGCCCUUAUGAACAACAUUUUGGAAAUCCGAGUUGACUCUUGGAAACUAACCACCCAGUACAGGAGGCCUGUGGCUGCCAAAGCCCACAGCAUCGGAGUGUGGCAAGAAAUUCUCAAUGGCAUGGCUGUUUUGUCCGUUGUUACUAAUGCCUUCAUUGUCGCCUUCACCUCAGACAUGAUUCCCCGGCUGGUUUACUAUUAUGCCUAUUCAACCGACAACAAUUCCCCCAUGUCUGGAUACAUCAACAACAGCCUUUCCGUGUUCCAGAUCUCCGACUUUCCAAAUACUACUCUACCUGCUGGGAGCACGGGCUCAUUCACCACUUGCAGGUAUAGAGAUUAUCGCUAUCCCCCUGACCAUGAAAAGAAAUACUUGCACACCAUGCAAUUCUGGCACAUUCUUGCUGCCAAGAUGGCCUUCAUCAUCAUUAUGGAACAUAUUGUUUUUAUUGUCAAAUUCUUUGUGGCCUGGAUGAUCCCUGACGUCCCAUCUGAGGUGAAAGCCCGAAUCAAACGGGAAAAGUUCCUCACCAUCCAAAUCCUCCAUGAGUAUGAGCUCAACAAACUCAAGGAGAAUCUGUGCAAUAGGACAGAUUAUCAAGUGGAGAAGGAAGUUAUCGCCACAGAAGGGAAAAGGGAGCUGGCCCAGAUAAUGGGAUAGCCAACAAAUCCAACUGACACCUGGUGUCCUGACUUGCCUCAUUUCUCUGGGACUUGGUUUUGGGACAGGAACCAGAUGUGCAUUUUGGCUCUUUAUUCAUUCACCCAAAGAUUUUUAAACUCUUAUAGAAGCCACUGGUCCCAAGCUUUGCCACAUCGGAAAGCCAUUGUAACUUCACGGUGCCAGCUCUUGUCACAUGCUGUUUUAUGGAUUUCUGUGUGUAACUGUUAAAGUGUGUGUCCAGAAUCCACUUAUCAGAAGAUCAUGGAGUGUUGCUACUUAAUUUUCAUGGUAAGGCUGUAUUUCAUCUUCCAGUACGUCGGCAUGUUGUCAAAAAUUUCCAUCCUCUAGAACGUUUUGUACACUCUGGUUUAAGUCUUCCCAUCAAGUGAUUUUAAGAGCAAAAAUGAAAAGGAAAGGACUGUGUCUUCCGAAGCGUGCACAUCUUGCCACUUUACCCAAAGAACUAAAAUCAGUUGAUUUAAAAGAAAUGCACACAUUCACACACAUAUACAACAAAAUAAUACCACAAAAAAUAAAACUACAUCAGGUGGAACAUGAUUUUCUGGGCCCGGUGCUUAAAUCUAAUCAAUUAAAUGUCCAUUAAAAUCCAGGAGGGCUGGCCUUCCAGGAAAUUUCAUAAUUCCCACCCCCACCCUCCCUAAGACAGACUUCUAAAGCAUUGCAAAGAAUUAAUUCAUCCCAGUUCUUGAAUGCUAUUGUCUCUAAUAUGGGAACCAGGCAUGCUUUGUUGUGUUGCAUUUCUGCGAGUCCUCACAAGGAUAAAAUGGGUUGUACAGAAGCUAAUAUCUUAUAUUUAAAGAAAUCAAGACAAUGUAUAUUAAUGUAUCUGCUAUCUUUAAAAUUAUGAAGUCGAUAGAAUUAUAAUUGUUAUUAUUGAAGCCUUGCCUUCCUUGCUUCUCUUGCCUCAUGGAGCCGUUUUUGCAUAUUAUCAGACAGUAGCAUUAGCCAUGUGUAUCAAUUGGCCAUAGGCUGUUUAUGAAAUGUGUACUUGUAAAAGCGAUUUCAAGCCUUUUGAAAAUUACUUCACACCUGUUUUCUAUGGCUAUAAAAGCCUAUACCAUGCUCAGUGCCUUUUUUCUAUGUCUUUGAUACAUAUGAAAUGAAAGUAUUGGUCCUUGAGUAAACACCCUGUAUUAUAUUUCAAACACAAGCCUGGAGACCUUGAGAAGCAAUCAACUUAACAAUGAAUGCCCUGUGUUGUCUGUGGAGGAAGAAUGAUUAUGAGUCAUUUUAGAUGAAUCAGUAAUAUACUUGUUGUCCGUCUUCCCAAAAUUAACUGUAAGGUAUACUUUACAUACAUGAGUAGGAUUCUAAAGUCCUUGAACCUAAAUCACAUAUACAUAUGUACAUAUCUAUACAUAAACACUAUGUAUGUAUUACAUACAUCAUUUAUAUAUAUUAAAAAUAGAGGAACAGAUCAGUUUGGUACUAUUUGAACCCUUUCCUUCCUAGCUUGUGUUCAGUUUUAAAUGAAUGACCUUUUUCUAUCCUGGGACAUUAUGAAAAUAUUUGAUCAGAAAAAUUCUAACAGAAUUUCUCUUAGGACUUUCCGUGUUAAUUAUCUACCUCCUCCAGCACACAGCGUACUUUUGCUAUCAUCUAAGAAAUGGCAAAUGGCUUAGGUUGAUCCUCCAGUGACUGAGGCUUUGAAGUCUCCAUAUCACAAGUCUGGGUCUGGUAAAUCCCAAGACAACCCUUCCCACACACCCUUUCCACAAUGCUUCCACUAUCAUCCCUACUGCCAAUCACCAAUUCAGAUUGUGCCAUCAGUUGGGCUGACAGUUAAUUUUUAUUUUUUUGUAUAAAUCUAAAUGUGCUACUGGCCAUUAUAGAUCUAACAUGCAGGCUAUUGAGCCACUUGAGAACCAACCUGGUAUUAAGUGCAAUAAGCCACCAAUGGUUUUCCUUUAUGCCAACUUGUAUGCUGCUAAUAUAUUGCACAUGAUUCAUUCACCACUUUGUUUCCUCCUCCUUGUAUAUAAGUUUGAGUUUAUUCUGCUUAAAUUCAGCUUAAAGCUGUUUCUGACAGCUUCAUGAAGCAAAAUAAAACCCAUGAAAGUCUCCCCCCCCUCCAAGUGCUAAUUUUACAAUGUGAAUUGGAACGCAAAGACCAAUUCUUGUUUUGCUAGAAUGUCCAUGAAAUGAACACAAAUGGAAGAAGACAUAUAAAAAAAAUACUCCAAAGUGAGGCACUUAAAGUGUCAGGUGGACUUUUUAUUUUGAAAGAGAGAUUGUGGAGAAUACAAGGUGCCCCAGAAGUCUUAAUAAGCUUCAAUAACUUACAAAUGUACUAAGACUUUUGUCCCUUUAAAAGGACAUACUAUACUUUGUAUUUAUGGUUAAUUCUUCCUUCUAGAGGGAUCUCCUUAUUCCAAAAACUCUGAAGUUUGCCAUCGUUCAAUCAAUUCUACCCCAGACUAAAAUUUUCUUUGGAGAGAAUCUUUUUAACAAGCAUUUCGUGGUGGACAUCUUCUGGGGGGGUGGGGGUGGAGGGUCUCCAUCAUUUGGUUGGGUGAUUCUUAUUUAUCAUUGAAGCUGAUGGAUGUGCUUUUAGUAGUAGUCCAGGACUACUUCCAGCUACAUGCCUACUCCAGCUUAACAUUUUUAUAAGAGUUGAAACAGAUGUGUAACGGCAUUCACACCCUUGUCCCCUACCAUUACUUUUUUCUCCAUAAAAAUAUAGACCACAAAACACUAACAUCAUGGGAAGGGAGAGUCUGGAUUGUGUGAAAAUUCUUUUUCCCACUUCUAUGAUUCCCCCUGCUUAGCACACGUUAUCACAUUCAAUUGAGGUGUUACAGAAAUAGUAUAUACUGUAUUUGUGUGUUGGGAAGAGUUCCUUCUUAUUAAGUUGACUCAAAAGUCCAAGGGCAACAUCCUUAGGCUUUAAGCAGUGGUAGGGUUUUCCUGGCUUUUGAGACUAAAUAAAUACAUAACAAAAAGUGUCCUUUAAUUCAAGGAGAAAUGAUCCCAUAGGGCAUCACUACAGCACUUAGCAUGGCUGCCACACUCUGCCUCCCUCGAUUUUUCUCAGGAGAAAAUUGUGCUGAUGGAAUAAGACUAUUGAUGGCUGUGCUCUUAGUUGGGGGGAAAAAAAGAAGAAGAAAAAGAAAAGAAACAUUGUAAUGGGAAGCUUUAUUUUUUAUUGAACAGAUACAAAAUGUCUGCUAUUGAAGGAGAUAGAAUGUCAGGAAGUAGCUAUAGGAUCAUGAAGGAAGCAUACUACCAAGUAACACUAUAUCCUUUUUAUAGCCAUUUUCUCGUCUGUUUACUGCUCUUUUGCCAUUGUACAUGAUUGUUCAUGUUGGCUUUUCCAAUCAAAGAAAUAAAUAAUCUGGGCAGGGAAGGAGAGGAUUGUGGGAAAGUGGGGAGUGACCUGUGUACUGCAUUCAUUCACUUCCCUGCCUAGAUCCCAAAACAUAAUGUUUUUAUUGUUAUUGAUUGUGAGUAGCUAGUAGUGAUUUGCUAUUCUGUGGUACCCUAAUGAUGACUCCGCCUUAUUGCAUCCCAUUUCCCUGUUUUGUUUUUUAAUGUAAAUGUUGCUUUUAGUCGAUCUGUAUAUGAAUUUCAGGAGAUGUGAAUUCAGUCAGUAAAUAAAGCAACAUUUAAUUUUUUAAGCUGUGCUUUUGAUAAUAUUUUAAUUUGUGUGUUUGAUAAUAAAAUGUCGGUGGACUUUUCACUUGG